AUGGAUAAUUAUUUCACAAUAAUCAGUUUGCUUGGUUUAAGAAAUCAAAAUUUACCACCAUUUAGGUAAAUAUUAAUAGAUAAUAAUAUAGAGAAGCUCGUUUGAAACGUUAUAAAUCAAUUAAGAAAAUGGUGGAAUUGAUUGAAACAGCAGGAUGGACCUAACCAAAAAUACCAUUCAAUGCUUUCUGUUUAAGUUCAUAAGAUCGUAUUUAAUUUAAUAUAAUUUUGAUUAGCUGAAUGGGAAGAUGAUAUGACUUAUCCAGUAAUUGAAUAUAAUAAAUUUGGAUACUAAGCAGUGGCAUUUGGAAUUAAUUUGGUAUAUAAAUUGAAUAUUUAUGAAAAGUUCCUUUAUGCUUACAAUUAUAAUGUUAUAACUCAAAAUAUUAGAUUCAGAACAUUUAGAUAUCUCUUUCCAGUAGUAUAGUGUGUAAUAUUUGGCAAAAUCUAUUUCGAAUAUAAAUCAGAACUUACAAAAGUAAAUUUAUUUGAUGAAUAUGUUUAAUUGAGAGCAUAAGAAUUGGUUAAAGAAAAUGAAUAUUUAUUGGAACAUGAAGGUUCAAUCUAUUCAUAUUAAUGAAAGAUAUCAAAAGAUUUGUAUGGUGGUAUGAAGAUUAUAAAGAAACAUUGUGUAGAGUUCAUAGAUAAGCAAAUGAUCAUGCAUCCACAGAUUUUAAAGAUUCAGAAUUAAUCUUAUAAGAUUUUAUUAGAAGAUAUACAAAUCCUAAUUCACCUAGACCACUUAACUAUCAAGAGAAAGGAGUCUUGUUUUGAU